AUAGGCGAAGCCUGGGGUAUCAUCUCAGCAUUCCGGGGAGAGAAACUCUGGUUCCCUGGAGUCGUCAAAUCAAGUCUCGAAGGAUAUGGUGUUGGUGCUGUUCGCUCCCUUACAUUUGCGAAUAUGCCGAAGCCUGUCCGAGAACGCCUCGAGUCGGUCGACGCGGCCAAUCAUAUACUUCGGUACAGAAUCUUCAACGAGCAC